GAAUUUUGUCAUUUCUGUGAGUCUUAAGUCAAUCAAAUUGUGGUUGAUCGUCGAAUGAGCAGGCCGCGUCCAUCAACCCAAGAUGCCGACGGCCCUCACCGAGUGUCUCUCGAUAGAGAUGGCUGCUUCGGAGCCGUGGUCCCCGGACGCCGUGCUCUACACGCCCUACACCACCGAACAGAUACUGCUGGCGGACAGUGCUCAGUGUGUGGCGGUGCAGGCCUUUCUGAAGAUGUGCUCGCUGGAAUACACGGUGGAGCAGAGGGCCAACGCCGAGAACAUGUCCCCAUCCGGCAGGGUGCCGCUCCUCAGGUGUGGGAAGUUUGUCAUCUCCGAGUUUGACCCGAUUGUGGCUUUUGUGACGAAGAAGGGCAUCAUGUUAAAUAACCUGGACAGCAAACACCAGGCAGAUAUGCAGGCGUUUAUCUCACUCGUCCACAAUGUGUUGGGAAACGCCGAGCUGUAUAUCUCCUGGCUGGACGCCGAGACGUUCGAGACGGUCACAGCGCCGCGCUACGGCUCCUUCCAGCCAUGGCCGCUAGGCGGCGUCCUCACCUGGCUCCGUCGCCGCAAGAUGGCAGCACGCCUGCAGGCGCUGCAGUGGGCUGACAAGACGCUGGAUGCCGUUUACGCCGAGGUGGACACCUGCUGCCGGGCGCUCUCGGAGCGGCUCGGCAAGGAGCCCUACUUCUUCGGCAGCCAGCCCACGCCGCUGGACGCGCUGGUGUACGGCCACCUGUACACCAUCAUCACCACGCCGCUGCAGGACACCCGGCUGGCCAGUAUCGUCAACGGCUACUCCAACCUGGUGCGGCUGACCAACCACGUGGACGCCGAGUACUUCAAGGGUAUCGAGAUCAUCGGCUAGUGGGCGGGUCCGUGGCGGGCGACGCGGGCGGACGCCUCGCGCGCCCUCGAUGCUCGGAGGCGCGCCCAGCUGCCGGGCUAGUGCGGGCGCGGCUGUGCUCUGGCCCGAUUGUGAGGUGCAAUAGGGCCCAGGCUGGGCUCUGGGGGUGGCGGUGUUUGGGCAGACUGCUGUCUGAAGAGAUGUUUUGUAGGGCGGUGUUCGGGUGAUGAGUGAUGGGGCAUCGCAGCGCUCUCUGUGGUGAGCGGGCAUGUCCGUCACGCUGUACAGCACCACCGUGGCCGUUUUCUGGGUCUGGCUGUCUUUAUGGUUGCCCGUAUGGCCGUGUGUUAGGUGAGUGAUCUGUGCAAGGCGGACGUCUGCCUUGAACGUUGACUGAGCCGUGCAUUCUGCGCGGUACAUUGUGUGCGUGUGUGCAGUUGCUAUCGACCGUCGGCGGCUGUUACUUGCUAAUGUAGAAAUACACGGACAUUGCUG